UUUCCAUGUGAUUGGUGAUCGACCCCCUGCCUCUGAGCCUGGCUGGUGCCGCCGCUGCCCGGCCCGGCAUGGCGGGUGGCUGGGCAACUGGAACCCGAGACCGGAGGAAGGGUGGCUGGGACCUCCGAGCUGCUGGGGUGUUAUAGAAGAUCUAGUCCCAUAUGAAGAUGGGACUGUUGGUGUUUAUUCGUAAUGUGCUGCUAGCCCUCUGUCUUUUUCUGGUGUUGGGAUUUCUAUAUUACUCGGCUUGGAAACUGCAUCUUCUCCGAUGGGAGGAUUCAAAUUCAGUGGUUCUUUCCUCUGACUCCGUUGGACGUUCAAUAGGCUCAGGAAGGAGAGAGAGAAAAUCCACACCACUUGUGCCACUGUCAUCUCUCCCAUUACACCUUGCUGGAGACCUGGGAACAGGGAAGGCUAAGAGAGAACCUGUCGCUGUUCUACGCCCAACCAUUCCUAAAUAUGACAAACUGGGAUUUCUCCUAAAGUUGGAUUCCAAACUGCCUUCAGAAUUAGCUUCAAAGUAUGCUAACAUCUCAGAGGGAGUUUGCAAACCUGGGUAUGCAUCUGCCAUCAUGACUGCCAUCUUUCCAAAGUUCUCUAAGCCAGCACCAAUGUUUUUGGAUGAUUCUUUCAAAAAAUGGGCAAGGAUCCGGGACUUUGUACCACCCUUUGGAAUUAAAGGACAAGAUAAUUUGAUCAAAGCCAUCCUGUCAGCAACCAAAGAUUACCGCCUUACUCCAGCCCUUGAUAGUCUCAGUUGCCGGCGGUGUGUGAUUGUGGGAAAUGGUGGCAUUCUAGCAAACAAGUCACUGGGGAUGAAAAUAGAUGACUAUGACAUUGUUAUCAGGCUGAACUCUGCUCCAGUGAAAGGCUUUGAAAAGGAUGUAGGAGGCAAGACAACAAUGAGGAUAACAUACCCAGAAGGAGCCAUCCAGAAACCAGAGCAGUAUGAAAAGGACUCCCUGUUUGUGCUGGCAGGGUUCAAGUGGCAGGAUUUCAAGUGGCUGAAGUACAUUGUAUACAAGGAAAAAGUGAGUGCCUCUGAUGGCUUUUGGAAAUCUGUGGCAACUCAUGUUCCAAGAGAGCCUCAUGAGAUCCGUAUACUGAAUCCAUAUUUCAUCCAGGAAGCAGCUUUCAGCUUUAUUGGCCUUCCUUUCAACAAUGGUGUUAUGGGCAGAGGGAACAUUCCUACUCUGGGAAGUGUAGCAAUAACCAUGGUGCUCCACAAUUGUGACGAGGUAGCAGUGGCUGGAUUUGGUUAUGACAUGAACUCUCCAAAUGCACCACUACAUUACUAUGAGAACAUCAAGAUGUCUGCCAUCAAAGAGUCAUGGACACACAACAUUCAGCGGGAGAAGGAAUUCCUACGGAAAUUGGUGAAAGCACGAGUAAUCACGGACCUCACCAGUGGAAUCUGAGAGGCACAGCCACUGUGCUGAAGGGCAUAGCCAUACACAUACAGCUGAGAACAAGGGCGGCAAGAGGUCUUUGGCAAGAAUCCCAGCUUCUUAGAGACGCACCGUGCCCUUGGAAAGUCUCCCUGGCUUGCUUUGUCUGCCUCUCUCAGGGCUGGCAGUUUUUGGCCUAGGGGGCAAAGGUUAUUGGCCUGAGGGGGCAGGUCCCUCACUCAGGAUUGGAGGCGCUGCAGUGUUGGAGUUGGAAAAUCACUGAAGAGAACAAAAAUAGGCCAGCGGAACAAAACAGAAUUGUGCCAAAUGGAACAGGAUCCGGGCCAGAGGUGGUAGUGCAUGAAUGUAUGGCAUAUUCUUGUGUACAAAAAGACUGAGAAUCACACAGAAUAUAUCAGUGUGCAAAAUGGAGCCUGGUCCCAUGGGACACUGGACGUUGCAUUGCACUUACUCUUUCUCUGUGCCAGCCAUGGCUCCUUUGUGGAGCUCGAGUCCAUCCAAGACUUGUCUGUUGUUGGUGCUGCUAUAACUUAAAGGUAUUGUGACCUCUCUUUGCCCUAGAUGGACUGACUGAGAGGUCUACUGACUUUCCUAAUUCCCUGCUUCAUGUGAGGCAGCUACUGCUGUCAACAUUUCUCUGGCUAUGUUUUGAGUAAAAUUAUUUAUGGAAUCCACCUCAUUGUGCUGGGGAUUUCUACUUGUUCAGCAGGCUGGCCACAAAUCUUGCUGGAAAUGCCCCAGUAUUUGUUUUCUGUGACAUCUUCAUCAUGAUUUUGAAGAAUUCAAGUAUUUGUUUCUUUUUUGGGGGAAAUAUAUAAUUUAUUUUUUGAUCAGGUUCAAAUUGUCCAACAAAGAUGCAUUAGUGUUUAGCAACUAAUGUUGCCAGUGAAUUUUCACCCAUUCUGUUGUACUCUGCUUUCAGUGACUGCCACCUUGAUAGUGUUCAAGCUUUUUUGGGGACAGAGGUAGAAAAUACUUGGCUGACAGUUGCCUUUUUUUUUUUUUUUUAAGCUUUCACAUGUCAGGCGUUCUGUCAAUCUGUUUCCAAACCUUUCUGCAGCCUUUACAAGGAGACAGAAACAUGUGCAUUUGUUACUGUUCUGUCCUAAGUCUCGGUUGCAGUAUUUGCACAACUGUAUAAUAUUGUUUUGGAAAGAAAUACAUUGUGCAAAGCAACCAUACUGUGGGGAGAGUGGAAUGACAUCUAUUGUUUGUGGAUCUACGUGUUCAAGUGGUAUUGUUGAGGAUGCUACUUCUGAUUGUCAGAUGUGCAUUUAAAUUUUGCACUACUGGUAGACCCAAUAGUGCAUUUAAAUUAGUUUGCCUUUCCUUGGAUGGAGGGAAUGUGAGAAUGCAGUUUUCCUGCAAACAGCCAAAAUAAUAAUUAUCUUGUAUGUGCCAGGGACAUCAGCCUGCUUUCUGAAGUGUGUGUAUGAAUUUUGCCUGCUCAGUGUCCUGAACAGAAUUCAGAAGCUGUUAAUAGGGGCACUGAGUAUUCUUUCAUAUGCUGAAAGACACAGUUAUAUUCUCAUAACAAUUUUAAAGACAUAUUCAGAAUGGUAAGAUUAAGAGCAUAGUUCUGGUAUAGUGCAAUUACUUAAUGAUAUAAAAGUUCCUGGUUAUCCUAAUGUGGGAAAGGGGUAGGGUACGAGGGUAACCCUAUUAAGUAGAGA